UAUACAGAAAGGAGCACACCGUCAUAUGACUGCUGAGAGCGAAAUCUGAACGAGGCAGACGGAAUGACUUCAAGCGCUUGCUGCUUGCUCCUGCUAAUGCGGCAGGGGGGAUGUAUCAAUGCCUCCAGGUUCCGGGCUCCUCUCAUAUUUUAGUUUGGACCUGUUGUCGUCAUCAUAGGGCCUCCUGCACUGAGGCAGUCACAGGAUGGCCGAACACCGAUGCGGGAACUCCGGUGGGCUGAUAGCUGCUGCAGAGGCUGAACGGAACGAGCAGCAGCCUGAAAACACAAUGACAGCGGGAGACAGAGGAGCGGAUAGUCUCUCUUUGGAGGAGAUACUGAGGCUCUAUAACCAGCCUAUCAAUGAGGAGCAGGCUUGGGCGGUAUGUUACCAGUGCAGCAGAGCGUUGGCGAAGGGAAACAUGGGCAGGAGGAACUCAUCCGCCUCGGCCGGAGCUUCAUCAGACACAGCUAUGUGGAAAAUAUCCGGGCUGGGGGAUGUGAGGAUACAGAUAGACGGGUCCGUGAGGGUCGAACACCAGGACAGUAAAGGUAAAUACACCCCCUGCACAACAACAGAGGUGAUAGAGUCUCUGGGAAUCAUGAUCUACAAGGCUCUGGAUUAUGGGCUUAAAGAAAAUGAAGAGAGGGAGCUCAGUCCUCCUUUGGAGCAGCUCAUCGACCUUAUGACAAACAUCGCAGAAGCUGAGAGGGAUGCCUGCCCUGAUGAAGGGUAUGAGGCCACAGAGGAAGAAGAUGAGGCUGAUGACCCUGACAACCUCUCCAGUGUUCACUGCUACAGAGAUAUCCUCAAGCUGUGCAGAGCUCAUCUACCAAGUCUAUCAGAUGCUCCCAGUCACUACCAGGCUGUUUGCCGGGCUCUGUACACAGAAACAAUGGAGCUGCACACUUUCCUGGAGAAGAUCAAGAGUGCCAAAGAAAACCUUCGCAAGAUGGAGAAAAGGUCAGCAGAGGGUCAAGACCUUGAUAAGCUAGAGAACACUGAUUGGGCUCGAUUCUGGGUUCAAGUCAUGAGGGACCUGCGAGAGGGAGUCAAGCUGAAAAAGGUCCAGGAGCGUCAGUACAAUCCCCUGCCCAUCGAGUACCAGUUAACUCCCUAUGAAAUGCUUAUGGACGACAUUAGGGCAAAACGCUACAAACUGCGCAAAGUCAUGAUAAGUGGAGACAUUCCACCCAAGUUAAGGAGGAGCGCUCAUGACCUCAUUCUGGAAUUUAUCCGAUCCAGACCCCCUCUCAACCCUGUGUCAGCACGAAUAUUGAAGCCACAGAACCAGCCUCCUCCAACGUUGCAUGAGCGUAUUCUGGAGGAAAUCAAAGCAGAGAGGAAACUUCGACCAGUGUCACCUGAUUUGAUUCGCAAGAACAGGCUGGGUUUUGGCAAAACUCACAGUAUGCCCCAGGAUUUGUUCCGUACUGGAUUAGGUGACUUUAGUCCAUACAUGGGAAGGCGGGUGUCCAGCUCCCUGUCUCUGAUGAAUGGAUCAACAUCUCCCAGAGUAGAACCCUCAGGUUCUCAGUCUGCACCUCCAAGAAAGAGGCUUCUUAAAGCUCCCAGCCUUGCAGAGCUUGAUAGCUCUGACAGCUCUGAUGAUGAGAUAGUUGGGCGGCAAUCUGCCACCAGCUCCAGCAUGGCUACAUCCAUGAUAGACGGCAAAUCUUCAGAGUCUGUGCUGGGGAGGAAGACUCCCCCCAUGUUCCUGCCCAUUUCCUCAACUCCCCAGCCAGAGAGGCGUCAGACCCAACAGAGAAGACACUCUAUUGAGAAGGAAACUCCCACCAAUGUCCGACAGUUUCAGCCACCUUCCAAACAAAAUUCCAAAUCUCUGGAGGAGUUUUGUUUCCCCGUUGAAUGCCUGUCGCUGACAGUGGACGAGGUGAUGCACAUAAGACAAGUACUGGUUAAGGCAGAACUGGAGAAGUUUCAGCAGUACAAAGACAUCUACAAUUCUAUGAAAAAGGGAAAGCUGUGCUUCUGUUGUCGAACCAAAAGGUUUUCCCUUUUUACUUGGUCCUACAUCUGCCAGUUUUGCAAAAAGCCGGUGUGUUCCCAGUGCUGCAAAAAGAUGCGUCUGCCUUCAAAACCAUAUACAAGCUUGCCCAUUUUAUCUAUUGGCACCAGCACUCUCCCAAGAGAGAAGAUCAGCACGAUGGCUUCAAUUGGACAAGGACUCUCUGUGACUGGAGGGCCAGUGGGAGGGGCCACGGUCUACUCUAAUUUGGAGGCUGCACCAAGUGUAUCUAAAGAAAGUGAAAGAGCCUCUGGAUCAGAUGCUGCAGCAAAGUCUGGGAAAAAAACCAGCAGCACACAACGCCACAGCAUUCAGAAGACCAUGUCCAAGUUUUCAAAGCAUGGCUCCUUAAAGUCACAUGAUGAACUGGAGCUUCCCCAGGAGCUAACAGAAGACUGGUCCACCAUGGAGGUGUGUGUGGACUGCAAAAAGUUCAUCUCUGACAUUAUCACUUCCAGCAAGCACAGCAUGUCACUUGCCACCAAGAGGGCUCGCUUGAAACGCAAGACCCAGUCUUUCUACUUAUCCUCUCCUAAAGGAAGGGAGGAGUAUCUCCCCUCUGAACAAACAAUCAAGGAAAUCUGAAACCGUCAAUCUCUUUCUGUUUCAAGCCAGCAGAUGGUAACACUGGAUAUCUUACUAUACAGUAUAUGUAUACUUAAGUCCAAAAAAGCCUGGCAGGGUGCCGAAGUUAACCUUGACAUUGGGGUUUAAGUUGCUGUGUCCUGAUCAUCAUUUUUAGCUUCUUAAGACAGCGGCAUCAAUCAUUUUUUGAACCAUAUUGUAAAUAAUGCUCAAUUCUCUUACCACAGUUUUUGAGAAAAGAGACAAGAACUGAUGUGAUGACCUGUUUCAUUGUCCUGAGGCGCAAUGAAUGACCUCCCCUCUAAAGCAGUGUGUUCAAAACCAAGUAACGUUCAAAACUUAAAGCACAAAACAAAAAGGACUAACAUAUUUUUAACUUACUUAUUUGUAAAUGAGAGUGAUACUUGAGAAAGUAUGGAGUGUGAGAGGUAUAUUUUAUAUUGGUUCUAAAAGAGUUCAUAAUAAUUGUUUAAUCAUCAAAAAAAAAUCACCUACUGUUCUUGAUUUGAAGUUUUAUUUGGCUGAUAAUGCUUCAUGAGAAGUUACAAACCAUCUUUACAACAUAUGUAUAGUGCCAAAUUUUGUUUUUCUUAUCAUUAUGCCACCAUGUUUUCAUCAGUCUUGCAAUGGUAUGAUGAAAAUUGCCUAUCCAUUGAAUAUUGUCCGGUUAUAAAUGCUACUAUAAUACUAAGGGACACAUAAGACACAUGGCAUCAAACAGCCUACAGCGCAUCAUAAGUGUUAUCAUUGUGCAGCCUGUGAGUCAAUUUCCAAAUAUUAGUGGACAACUUGGCAAGAGUUGGACUUGGGGGGUUGGAUUAUGUCCCUUGAUUAUUCAUUGGUAUGUUUAAAGCAGGACAUAAGCUAGGUGACAGCUCUUAUUCCCUUUUAAGAGGCAGGUCUGUCUCUAGCAGACUAGUUACCAUAUACAGAACUUAUCCCAGUGUCUUUCUAACUUAAGAGUGGUGCUCAUAUUACGCACAAGGCACAACACCGCAACUUUAUUAAUUAUUUCAAUUUCUGGAUAUGUUGACAGGAUUGCACAGUUCUGUGUCCUUGGCAUAAAAAAUGCAUGUGUAAUGGG